UUCUCUCUCAGAGUCUCUUUCUUCUCUCCCUUGAGCAACAAAAACAGUAAGACACCAUGUACCUACAACAUAAGCCUUUGUUCUUCUUCGUCUUGAGCUUCAUAAUCUGGUCAUGGUGGACUCUGGACGGCGUCGUUUCAGACCCGCAGACCAACUUCGUGAAAAUAGGGUGUAGCCAGUACAACGUCACGGACGUGAACAUCUUCCAUCAGAACCUAAACGCAACGUUUCAAGACCUGAAAGCUCAGAUCGGAAACCAGAGCAAACACUUCGCGACGGCGCAGGCGGUGAAGGGAAACAACCCGGCUUAUGCUCUCUUUCAGUGCAGAAACUACCUCUCCAUCUCCGACUGUCUCAAGUGCUUCGACUUCGCCGCCGAUCACAUUCGUAACUGCUCCGUCGGCGUCACCGGGGCUCGUAUCAUCUACGAAGGUUGCUUCCUCAGGUACGAGAGCAGUGGCUUCUUUGACCAGAACACAGACGCUGGCAACAACAUUGUGUGUGGGAAUAAACCAAGAAACUCCACCGAACUUGCAUCAACAGUGGAAAAAGUACUAACGGAUCUGGAAACAGCAACACCAAGAAUACCUGGUUUCUAUGCAGCCACUAAAACGCAAGUGCCUAAUAGUAACACUUCAAUUUAUGCCUUUGCUCAAUGUCUUGAGACUGUCACUCAAAGCGGCUGCCAGGAUUGCUUGAACACUGGCUUUAAAAACUUUCAGAUUUGUCUUCCCAAUUCAAAUGCUAAGACUUAUGACGCUGGUUGUUUCAUGAGAUACUCCACCACUGCCUUCUUUGCUGAUAAUCAAACCACUAAUAUCAAGCAGUUCUUGAAACAAGGAGGUUCAAACAAGAAGGCCAUUAUAGGUGGAGUUGUUGGGGGUGCUUCUUUCAUUCUGAUCCUCCUUGCAUUAUUUGUUUUGUACAGACGAUCAACUUCGACCAAGAGGAUUCGUAGAGGUGACAUUUUGGGAGCAACUGAAUUGAAAGGCCCUGUUAACUACAGGUAUAAAGAUCUCAAGGCUGCAACAAAAAAUUUCAGUAAAGAAAAUAAACUAGGAGAAGGAGGUUUUGGAGAUGUGUACAAGGGCACUCUGAAAAAUGGAAAAAUAGUUGCUGUCAAGAAAUUGGCUUUAGGCCAAUCCAAACAGAUGGAGAAAGACUUUGAGAGUGAAGUGAAGUUGAUAAGCAAUGUUCAUCAUCGAAACCUUAUUCGGCUUCUAGGAUGUUGCAGUAAAGGCCAAGAGAGAUUUCUUGUUUAUGAGUACAUGAAAAACAACAAUGUUGGCCAAUUCUUAUUUGGUACAAAUAAGGGUUCCCUCAAUUGGAAGCAACGCUAUAACAUAAUUUUGGGCACUGCAAGGGGUUUGGCUUAUCUGCAUGAGGAAUUCCAUGUUUGUAUUAUUCAUAGAGAUAUAAAGACUAGCAAUAUUCUCUUGGAUGAUGAUUUCCAACCUAAAAUUGCUGACUUUGGGUUGGCAAGACUUUUGCCAAAGGACCAAUCUCAUCUCAACACAAAAUUUGCAGGAACAAUGGGAUACACAGCACCUGAAUAUGCAAUGCAUGGACAAUUAUCAGAGAAGGUUGAUACUUAUAGCUAUGGUGUUGUACUUCUAGAAAUCAUAAGUGGACAAAAGAGUGGUGAAUUGAAGAUUGAUGAUUCAAGCGAACUCCUCCUUCAAAGAGCUUGGAGACUGCAUGAGAGAGGAAUGCACAUAGAUUUUGUGGAUAAAACCUUAGAUCCAAAUGAAUACGAUGCAGAAGAAGUAAAGAAAAUAAUAGAGAUUGCAUUGCUGUGCACUCAAGCAUCUCCCGCAGCUAGGCCAACAAUGUCUGAAAUUGUUGUUAUGCUCAAAAGCAAGGGCUUAAUGGAGCACAAGAAACCAACUAUGCCUGUCUAUGUUGAUACUAAUUUGAGGCCUAGAACAAACAAUUCUAUGUCUAAUGGUACAUCUUCAUCAAAUGCUACUGUUUCCAUUUCGAGUCUAUCAGGAAGGUGAUUGCACCAUUCAAGAACAUGCAGUUAAGGGUUACUUGAAGUUUGAAUCCAGAAAAUAGUGAUAAUGAAGAAGAAGAAAAUAGAGCAAGUGAUGUCCUUCAUUCCAUUACUCAAGAUUGGAGUACAAUGAAACAUUAAUUCUACAAGCAGGAAAGUUGGUGUGAAAGGGUGGCCUCUUACUUUGGCCUAUGGUGUAAAAUAGAUUAGUGAAUGUAUUGAAAGCCUCUGAAUUAUGUGUGAUAAAACACUAAGAGGCUGUUUUUUCAAGGAAAAAUAAAAUAGAGUGAAGAAAGAAAAGAAAAUAGAAAAAGUGAUUUUUAUA